CCGUUCUUCGUCGGUUCUCUCAUUAGUCUGCUGCCGUCUCCUCAGCCCCCCGCCCGUCUCCGAGCUUGCGACCCGCGGACAGGCGUCCUCGGCACAGAGAGGCCGGACUGCGAGUCGUCGCCUGAGUGCCCUUCAUCUGAGAAGUUCAAGGCACUUGUAGAACUUCUGCCACACAGGCCGUGGGUCUUGCAGCACAUUUGUAAGCAUGGCUGCCAUCCGGAAGAAACUGGUGAUUGUUGGUGAUGGAGCCUGUGGCAAGACUUGUUUGCUUACCGUCUUUAGCAAGGACCAGUUCCCAGAAGUGUAUGUACCCACAGUGUUUGAGAACUAUGUGGCAGAUAUUGAAGUUGAUGGAAAGCAGGUAGAGUUGGCUUUGUGGGAUACAGCUGGGCAGGAAGAUUAUGAUCGCUUGAGGCCUCUCUCCUAUCCGGACACUGAUGUUAUACUGAUGUGUUUCUCCAUUGACAGCCCUGAUAGUUUAGAAAACAUCCCAGAAAAAUGGACCCCGGAAGUCAAGCACUUCUGUCCCAACGUGCCCAUCAUCCUGGUUGGGAACAAGAAGGAUCUUUGGAAUGAUGAGCACACAAGGUGGGAGCUGGCCAAGAUGAAGCAGGAGCCGGUGAAACCGGAAGAAGGCGGAGAUAUGGCAAACAGGAUGGGCGCUUUCGGUUACAUGGAGUGUUCAGCAAAGACCAAAGAUGGAGUGAGGGAGGUUUUUGAAAUGGCCACAAGAGCUGCUCUGCAAGCCAGACGUGGGAAGAAAAAAUCUGGGUGCCUUGUCUUGUGAAACCCUGCUGCAAGCACAGCCCUCAUGCGGUUAAUUGUGAAGUGCUGUUUAUUAAUCUUAGUGUAUGAUUACUGGCCUUUUUUCAUUUAUCUAUAAUUUACCUAAGAUUACAAAUCAGAAGUCAUCUUGCUACCAGUAUUUAGAAGCCAACCGUGAUUGUUAAUGAUGUCCAACCUACCCGACCACCGGGGUCCUUCUGACACCGCUCUAACAGCCCUCCUCUGCACUCCCACCUGACACACCAGGCGCUAAUUCAAGGGAUUUCUUAACUUCCUGCUUCUUUCUAGAGAGAGAAACAGUUGGUAACUUUUGUGAAUUAGGCUGUAACUACUUUAUAACUAACAUGUCCUGCCUGCCCUCUGUCAGCUGCAAGGUACUCUGGUGAGUCCCUACUUCAGAGCUUUACUCCUUAACAGAUUUUAUUGGCAUAGCUCUGUGAUGGGCAUCCAGUUUUUUUGAAAAUGCUCAUCCAGAAAGGCCCAAGUCCAUGCAGCUGUGGCAGAGUUACAGUUCUGUGGUUUCAUGUUUAGUUACCUUAUAGUUACUGUGUAAU